ACUCACGAACGAGGUCAUUUAUUUGUUUACAUGAGAGGACAGGUGGUAGAGCUUCACUGGCGGGGACGGGCUCUAAUGUCCUCUACUCAUAACACAAGAAGAAAGGGAUAAUUCAUCAAAAUGGGAGGGGGAGAUCUGAACCUGAAGAAGUCAUGGCACCCUCACACCAUGAAGAACCAGGAGCGAGUGUGGAAGGCGGAACAACAGAAAGCAGAAGAAGACCGCAAAAUGGCUGAGCUCCAGAGAGAGUUGAAGGAAGAGAGAGAGAGGGAGAUGCUGAGAAAAACUGCUGAAGACUCUGGGGCGGUCGACAAAAAGUCAAAUGACAAGUUGGAUUGGAUGUAUAAGGGGCCAGGAGGUCAUGUUAACCGAGAGGAAUACUUACUGGGGAGGAAGAUUGACAAAGCAUUCGAACAGCUGGAGAAAUCUGAAGAUGCUGUACCUUCACCUUCUGGAGAGGGAGAACAACCAGCUCCCCCCCCUCAGCCAAGUAAAGCAGCGUAUACCAUUGAGCACGAGAUCAAUCCUGAGUCUGUGAUCCACCGCGAGAUGAGUAACGUCCAGGUUGACAUGAGGAGGAAGCUGCUGGAAGAUCCUCUCCUUCUAAUACGUCAGAAAGAAGAAGAAACUAAACAACAGAUCACAAGUAAUCCCGUCAAGAUGAAGCAACUGCAGCAGCUGAUAUCAACAAUCAGAACAAAGAAGAAGAAGAGAUCUAGCAGUAGUAAUAGCAGUAGUAGUGAGUCAUUCAGUUCAUCUAGCGACUCAUCAGAUUCAGAUUCUGAGAAGGAGAAAAUGGAAAGCAAAAAGAAGAAGAAGAAGAAGAAGACACACAAGAGGAAACAUUCGGUAACCAGCAGUGAUUUAUCCGAUACAGACAUCAGCAAUGACGAACACAAGAAGAAGAAGAAGAAGAAAAAGAAGAAAUUGAAAACCAAGAAGGACAAGAAAACAAAGAAACACAAAAAGGACAAAGGCAAAAAGAGAAAUAAGAAGAAAUCCAAGAAGAAGAAGAAGAAGGAGGAAGAAAGUGAUAGUGAUGAUGAUGAAGAUAAAAAGAUGACGGGGAAUAUAGAUAAUAAGGGAGGACACUCUGAGUCUGAAGGAAGGGAGAAGGGAGACAGAGAAAGGAGUGUAGGUGGAACAUGGAAUAAAGACCCACACAGACAAAGAGAAAGAAGUAGAGAGAGGCAAGGAGGAAGAGGAUUGGAACAAGGCAGAGGAGGAAGAAGGGAUGACAAGUGGGAACAGAGUAGAGAGAGGGAAAGAGCUAGGGAUCGAGAAAUGGAAAGAAAAAAAGAGAGAGAGAAAAGUAGCAACAGAGAGAGAAAUAGAGGUGACAGGUCGUCCAAACAUCAUAGGAAUCAGAGUAGGAGCAGGAGUGGAGACAGACGUGAACAUGCCCGUAGGAGUCUGGAUCGAGAGAGUGCGGGCAAAAAGAAAUUAACUCCCGAGGAAAUGGAGAAGAAGAGGCAAGAGAUGAUAGAAGCAGCAAAGAAACGAGACAAGGAGAGGAAGGAAAAUGUUGAACGGUACGCCGAGGACAGAAAGAAAGAAGAAGCAGUUGAGGCGUCAGUGGACAAGUUUAUGAGGAAUCAACUUGGAAAUGCUUCAGCAAGUUCCAUGGAGGAUCGAGUUAAAUCUCGGGUUAGUUCACUCCAGCGUGGAGUAGCUCACAUGGAGUCAAACUUUGCUCGGAAAUAAGUUUAGUGAAUGUGACUUGUUGAGUGUAAGACUGUGCUUAAAAUGAGAGGUAACUGCCUUUAUAAUACUGUACAGGUAAACAACUCCAGGUUGAGAAGAGUUAGUUUAGCUUAGGAUAUUGAUGUGACUUGUGGCCAGCUUAGCACACACACCACACCAGUGACCCCUACCAACUCUGCCUGACCACUGAGCCAGGGAAAACAGUGCAUACAUUACUUCUUCCCAGAUGAAUGUCACUCAGUUGCCAUUAAUCAAAUUUUGGCAAUUCUUGUGUUUAGUUUAAGAUAACAUUUGAUGCAGCAAUUGAUGUUUAUUUUCUUAUACAGGUACUCAUAUUUUUUACAACUAGGAUUUAAACUUUGAUCGUCAUCUGUGCUAUUGAUUCAUGGAAAAAAAAUAUUGAGGAAUUAAGUUCUUGUAAUACCAAAACGUUCUUCAUUUUACUAACAAAGCUUUCUACUGUACCUGUAUCUUUUUUCUGUUAAUAUAUACUGUAUAUAUGGAACUUCAUGGUGAGAGUUUUGGCUUUAAUGGACAACUGAAAUACUUUGAAAAGAAUCAUUGUUGGAAGCAUUAAUACAGUUGGCUGGACUCAGAACUUACUGUUAAAGAAUUGUGUACAUAAACAAGGUCACUAGCCAGGCUUGUCUUUCUCUCUUGUGGCUCAUAUCAGUGCAGUAAAUUCACUAAGUCACUGCACUUAUACCUGGUACAGUGGCUGGUGCAUUUUGUGAGAUGUGGCAACUGUGUGUUUGUAGCUCCAGGAAUGGCCCCAAGGAGCUCCACAAUAGUAGCCCGACUGAGGAUGCUAGGUAAACAUUACACAGAGUUGCCACAUCUCACAAACUGCACCAGCCACUGUACCAGAUGUCUGACUGUCUUCAAGGGGGUAGAUGUUGUCAAAACUUUGUAGAUGAUUAAAGCAAUUUAUUUUCCUAAAUUUCUAAUGAGCCCAUUUUUACACCUAGUACAGUUAGUAAAGUGAAAUUAGACCAUAGUAUUCUCCCUUCUGCCUGCCCCAAAAAGCAGUACAGGUUGAAGCUCUCAUAUCCGGGAUUCUAACACACAGCAACCCCCCCCCCCCCAAAACAGCACGAGUGGCAGUUUCUUUUAGUUUCGCCAGUUAUGUUUCUGUGGUGAGCCAAUCGCUCCCGCCAUCACACCCGAGGGCAGUGAUGUGUUUAUUUAAGUACUACAGUUUUAUUUUACCCUUAUUAAACUGCACCACGGCACCCAAACACGUGCUUAUAUACGCAUACAGGCAUACAGUGUAUCAGUUACCUGUUUACAAGUACCUGUACGCUAAGAAAUACGACUUUUUCAAUAAUGGCAAUUUUCUAUAUCCAGCUUGGAGUUGGUUACAUGUUUACCGGAUAUGGGAAUUUCAACCUGUAAAAGAAUAUAUGAUUACAACAUAUAACCAAGAAAAUUACUUAUUUGUGAGGAAACAUAUUAAUAUUGACAGAAUAAACUCUGUCUUUACAAAUGUACUAGUUUAAAUUUUAUGCUUUGUAUUUUCUUGUCAUUCCUUUAAUUAUUUUUUAUUAAAGUAUUGUAAAUGGACUAAUAUUCAGAAUGUAAAAACACAAGUUAAGUCCCAGUACUGUAUAUUUGUGUUUAUGUAUCCAUUUCUUAUACAAUACAUGUGAUUAUAUUAAACAUUAUACAUGACACAAGUCUUAUCACUAUACUGUACAGUCUCUUGUUUACACUCACUGGCUGUAUUUAAUUGGCUAUUUAACUUAUUUUGAACCUGCCAGACCUGUAUAUAUUAUCAUACACCCAGAGCCAAUAAGAAUUAAUAUAUAGAUACGUAUUUCAUCACCAUCGCAUUAUUCUUUGGUCAGCUUCCUAGCCAGUUGGACUGUUUUAAAUUCCCCAGAAGAGGAAUAAUUUUAUUUUGUUUCAUUUACAGUUUUAGUUUUAUUUCCUUAUGACUACAUGUCCUUCAGGAGGCUACAGUGCUAAAGCUUUUAUGACAGCAGAUGACAAGAACCAACUUACGUAAACUUGUUGCUUGUAUGUUAUUUAAAGAUAAUGUUGUGUUGUGUUGUGUUUGAUUUUAUAAUGAAUAUCUUCGGACCAAGAGUAGAUAAUGGCCUCUAAAUGAUGAUGAUGAUUAUGGUGGGUAUGAUGAUAUUGUGAGUGUGAGGCUGUACUAAGAAAAAAAAUACAUAGAAUGAAAAUAGAGUAGAGUUUCAUCUCCCUACAUUUUGACGAAUGAGAUUCAGCUGUAUACUUGUUUUUAGUCUGAUGAAGUUAUAUAGAAAUAUGUAACUACACCUCUUGUAUCUGUACAGUAAAACUAUCAAUGUGCUGAACAAAUGGAAACGGAAGAAGGUGCUUUUAACCCACAAGUUACCGAGGGUGAAUAGAUAAACUGGAGGCAAUACUGUGUGGCUGAAAGUGUACAUUAUUGUAUAUUAUUUCUUAUACAUCAGUUGUUAGGUAUCUCUUAGGCAUUUCAUUGGCAAAUUCAGGUUUGUUUUUACCCUCAUUAUAUAAAAUUGGAAGUUGAGAAAAGGUAAAUACUGUAUUAAACUCUUUUGUGUUCUCAUAUUAAUGAAAUCUUGAAGUUAGAGACAAGGAAGAGACUGUACUGUACUUAUUAUAUUAAGUAAAUACUAUAUACCUGGUA